AUGUAUCUAUGGCAAUGUUUAUCUAUCUAUCUAUCUAUCUAUCUAUCUAUCUAUCGUAAUGUUUAUGUAUCUAUGGCAAUGUUUAUCUAUCUAUCUAUCUAUCUAUCUAUCUAUCUAUCUAUCUAUCGUAAUGUUUAUGUAUCUAUGCCAAUGUUUAUCUAUCUAUCUAUCUAUCUAUCUAUCUAUCUAUCUAUCUAUCUAUCUAUCUCAGUGUCUUCAUAUUUAUUUUUCGUAGUCUGUUCCUAUCUAUCUAUCUAUCUAUCUAUCUAUCUAUCUAUCUAUCGCAAUGUAUAUUUCUCUCUCUCUCUCUAUCUAUCUAUCUAUCUCAGUGUCUUCAUAUCUAUCAAUUUAUUUAUCGUAGUCUGUACAUAUCUAUCUAUCUAUCUAUCUAUCUCAGUGUUUUCAUAUCUAUCAAUUUAUGGUAGUCUGUUCUCUAUCUAUCUAUCUAUCUAUCUAUCUAUCUAUCUAUCUAUCUAUCUAUCUAUCUAUCUAUCUUCUACUUAA